CGUGGGCCAUGACCCAAGAGAAAAGGAAGAUGGCGCCACACCUUUUCGUCUUCGAAAUUUCCCGCUUCCUUUAACAUUUCAGCUAUAACACUGAAUACGAAAAAUAGCACUUGAAACUCAGGGAACAAACCUCUGUCAACUUCUCAACCCUAGGGCCUAGACUUCGCCGGGAAAUGCCGACGUGGCAGAUUCAUUCCGAUGCCGGAAACACUUUCCGAUGGCAAAUGUCUGAUCAACAACCGUCUUCAAGCGGCGUCCUUGCUCCAAUGCCCCCUCUGGACUCUCAUUGCCUUCCCUCCAUGGCGGAUCUCUUGCGUCGUCAAGGAUGUGCAAAGUUAAUGGAGAAUUCUAAUGGGAAUUCGGCCUCGGAGAAGGUUUCUAUUUUCCUAGACGGGUCGGAGAAACCCAUGGCAGUAAAGCAAUCCUCCAUAGCCAAGGCGCUAUCCAUUCUUCGGGAUGAAGAAGGUGAAAAUGGUAGAGAGGAGAGUGGAACUGGGUUUCAGAAUCUUAUGUUACCCACUUGUUCAGAUAAUGCAAUUAAUCAAUCAAAACCUGCUUUCCAGAAUAGCUCAGGGAAAGCAGCAAAUAUGUCAAAUUCAAUGUUUCAGACGGGGUCUGGUAAAUCAGUCACUAUAUCACCAGCAGGUCUUGUAAGAGCCAGAAAGUUAUUGAACUUGGAAGAAACUGAGACUUUUCAAGACCUUGAGCAGGCAAACAAAUUGUCAGCUUCUGCUGAUGAUCCUUUUGGCUGGCAAAAUUCAUUUCCUUUACGAAGGACUGAGGAAUCCAACUCAGGUGGGGUUAAUCCCAACGUUUUCCACUUCUCUCCUAAACCGCAUGCAAUCAAGUUUCAAACAGCUGGUGGGAGAUCCAUUUCAGUUUCUAGUGAUGCAUUGCAACGUGCAAAGAGCCUGCUUGGAGAUACAGAGCAUAGUAAUUUCCUAGAUGAGAAGGAUGCAGCUUCUCCAUUGUUUUCAUUUUCUGACAACAGGAAGUCCAACUCUAACCUUUCAAUAAACAAAAGUAAACCAUGUACUCCAUCAUAUCAAUGUUCAGCAAAUGGUAAAAGUUCUUCCAGCAGGUUUACAUCUCCACUGAAGUCGACUCUACAAAAAAGACCAUUAUCUGCUAGUUUAGAGAAUAUGCAUCCAGCAAACAACUUGAUCAAGCAUUUUGAUGCAGUUGCGGAUGACAGUGCAAUUCAGUCUUACAAUGGCAUUCCUCGUCAUCGACACCAUUUACAGCAAAAGUCCAAUAUGCUACCAAUCAGUUUUACUGAAAAAGAUAUUGCUUCAAGUCCUACACCGCUUGAAAGAUCAUCAAUUAGGGUGCUAACUGAUAUCUCAAACACUAUUGCCUUUGGACAUACUGAUGGCAAGCAAAAUUUUGGUGGGGCGAGGAGACUUGGGAGGAUGAAUUCUGUUUCUCCUUUCAAGAGGCCCCGAGUAGCAAAAUUUACUCCCCCUCUGAACAAGAACAUGUCAGUCAUUCCUAAUGGAAUGUCGAAUUUAGCGCCAAAAGAAUCCUCCUUUAAACAAAGGGUUUCAGAUCGGUACCCCUUUGAGGUUGUGCGAUUGUAUAUGAAGGAAUACGUUGGAGAGCCCCCAUGCUUACAAACCAAGCUAGUGAAUGUGGGAGAUCAGGUGAGGACAAUGAAUCCGGCAACUGCUGAAACAUACGUGUUUCAUGAUGAAUCUGGCCGGGGAGUUCUUGGAAUAGAGGCUUUUUACCGAAUGCUUUCUCAUUUUGGGGCUUCAGAGCAAUACUUUUCUAAAGUGUGGGCUGCAAAUCACUAUAAGUGGAUUGUUUGGAAACUUGGAUGUUAUGAAAGAUGCUUUCCUGCUAAAUUUUCUGGGAAACUGCUGACAUUCUCCAAUGUGCUGGAAGAGUUAAAAUAUAGAUAUGAGAGAGAAGUAAAUUAUGGUCAUCGAUCUGCAAUUAAAAGAAUUCUAGAAGGUGAUGCACCACCUUCUUCAAUGAUGGUGUUGUGCAUUUCUUCCAUUGAUCCAGUCUGUGACUCCAAAGUUAGACCUCAAGAUCAUCCUAUAUUGCCAGUUGGGGUAGAAAGAACUUCAAAAAUAGAGCUAACUGAUGGGUGGUAUUCAAUUACUGCUCUUUUAGAUGGAAUACUGUCCAAGAUGUUAGCUGCCAAAAAACUGUUUUUGGGCCAAAAACUCAGGAUCUGGGGAGCUAGCCUAUGUGGCUGGGUGGGGCCCGUUUCACCACUUGAGGUCUCAAAGGAAACUAGUUUAGUACUGCAUAUAAAUGGUACAUACAGAGCACAUUGGGCUGACCGCUUAGGAUUUUGUAAGGGUAGAGGUGUUCCACUAGCAUUUAAUUCUAUCAAGGAUUCUGGAGGUGCAGUCCCUAUUACAUUGGUUGGAAUUUCUAGGAUAUACCCUGUUCUAUACAGAGAAAGAUUAAGUAAUGGAGGAUUCAUUGUGAGGAAUGAAAGGAUGGAAGCUAAAGCAAUAAAUCAAUAUAACCAAAGAAGGUCCAUUGUUGCGGAGGGAAUAGCCUCUGAAAUUCAAAACACAAACAUAGAUAUCCUUAUUGGCAAUGAUUAUGAAAGUGAAGAAGGGGCAAAACUCUUAAAGAUACUUGAGACGGCAGCUGAACCAGACAUUCUUAUGGCAGAAAUGACUUUUGAACAACUAAACUCAUUUUCUUCUUAUAAAGCUAAAUUAGAGGCCAAGAAGCAGUCUCAUACACAAAAAUCUCUUGACAGAGCUCUAGAAGCUGCAGGUCUUAAAACAAGGGAUGUUACUCCAUUUAUGCGAGUUAGAGUUGUUGGAUUAACCAGUAAAAGUACUCGACAAGGGCAUUCCACACGAGAUGGCUUAAUUACUAUCUGGAAUCCAACUGAAGAACAGAAAGUGGAGCUUACUGAGGGUCAGGCUUAUGCUGUUUCAGGGCUUGUGGCCCUAAGCUCUGAUUCAAACACCCUUCACUUGCAAACAAGAGGAUCAACAACCAAAUGGCAACCCUUAUCUUCCUCUGGAAUUCAACAUUUUUGGCCAUUUUUCAGUCCUCGAAGACCAAAUUCAUUGUCUAGUUUGGGUGAAGUUCCUCUCUCGAGUGAGUUUGAUAUUGUUGCACUGGUCAUUUAUGUGGGAGAGCUGCAUACAGUUGCUCGCCAAAAGAAGCAGUGGGUGUUCGUAACAGAUGGAACGCAAACAGCAUUGGAUAAUUCAUUGUUGGCUAUCAGCUUCAGUUCAGUGAAUACUGAAAAUGAAUCAUUUGCACCAGAACAUAGUUAUCCUGAAGGAACAGUGGUAAGUUUCUGUAAUCUUAUCAAGAGAGAUAGAGAUAGAACAAACCAUCUCUGGGUGGCUGAAGGGACAGAGACUUCAACCUAUCACUUAAGUUAUGAUCAUCCACACUGUUCUCAUUUAAAAAGAUCCGUUUCUUUUCUCAAAAAUUGGGUGAAGACUUCUGGCUCGAGAAUUGAACAGCUGAAGGGGAAAGUUAUAUCCAUUAUCAGCAACUCGGUAGCAUAGGUGCUCAAGUAUGCUGAAACUUGAUCUUUUUUGAAGGAAUUCUUCGCUGAAAAUCGUAGUGUAUAAUGGGAGGAAUGGCGCAAGCCAGACUAAGGAAUUGAAGCAAUACAAAGGUGCAGCAUCAACUGAUAAAACUUCAGAACCUUUACGCUUGUUGGAAAUAUGUGUAUAAUCUCUAUGACUUAAGAUCCCAAAACUAGUUUAUGAUUAAAACAGCUAUUUGUGAUCUGAUUAGAGGAAAUAAUGUUCUUGUAUGAUUUAUUUUUAUAGCAUAUAGUUCUUAACAUUUUGAGGAGGGGUAUGGCCAGAUUGAUCUCUAUUCUCUAGUGCUGGCAAAAUGGCUUUACCAUUCCUUCCAUUUAAAUGUAAAUUCUGAUUCUUGUACUGGUAAAGUAUUGAGGUGAGUAUAUUUGCCUCAUCCAGAUUAA